AUGGCGGAAAUUCGUCGCAAGCUCGUUAUCGUCGGUGAUGGUGCAUGUGGAAAGACCUGUCUCCUCAUUGUCUUCUCCAAGGGUACCUUCCCUGAGGUCUACGUCCCCACCGUCUUCGAGAACUACGUCGCCGAUGUCGAGGUCGAUGGCAAGCACGUCGAACUCGCCCUCUGGGAUACCGCUGGCCAGGAAGAUUACGACAGACUGCGCCCUCUCUCCUACCCCGACUCGCACGUCAUCCUGAUCUGUUUCGCCGUCGACUCGCCCGACUCUCUUGACAACGUUCAGGAGAAGGUCCUGCAUUUCUGCCAGGGUCUUCCCAUCAUCCUUGUUGGAUGUAAGAAGGAUCUCAGACACGACCAGAAGACCAUCGAGGAACUUCACAAGACUUCGCAGACUCCUGUUACCGAGGAGCAGGCCAGACAAGUCAAGGACAAGAUUGGUGCCAAGGAGUACAUCGAGUGCUCGGCCAAGACCAACGAGGGUGUCCGUGAGGUCUUUGAGCACGCCACUCGUGCUGCCCUCACUUCAAGAAAGGAGAGGAGUAGCAGCCGCAAGAAGUGCCUGAUCCUGUAA